GGAGUGUGAAUCUGUGGUCUCCCGUUUAGAAAAGCCUAUGCAAAACCUACCAGAAGCCACCGUACUCAUCAGCAGAUCUCUUAUGAUUGUUUGGUAAAAACUCUGCGGGUCUGCACAGGUCACCUCCCUCGGAGCUCGGCGACUGAACGUCGGAGCCGGAGCCGCCGCUCGGCCCCCCUGCAGUCGGAAGGUUACAGCCGGGGGAGCGCGAGAGGCGGUGGCGGCGGCCCAGGAAGGAGCAGCAGCGCCCGCCCGGGCUCUUGCUCUUGCAGAACUCCCAAGAUCUCUUAAUAAAGAAAAUUGUAGUCAGAGCUUUAUGCUGCAUUCUUAUUCAGGAAAGAAGCAGGAAGAGAAGAGUGUCAUUUCCUAGGAAUCCGGUACUGGAGAAACAUGGACCGGCUGGGGGCCAUGCGGACAGGAGACCUGUUCUGACCCGUGGAAGAGCAGUGGUUCAUCGGUCAGGCCUGGGUUUGGGAGCUGCCAUGUCAAAGCACUGACCCCUCCACCAGGAUUUCUUCCACCUCCAGCCUUGUGCCCCUUCCCCCCAAAGGAGGACAGUUCUUCCAAGGAUGGUCUCCCAUUCAGAGUUGAGGAAACUUUUCUGUUCAGCUGAUGCAGUCUGCUUUGAUGUUGAUAGCACAGUUAUCAGAGAAGAAGGAAUUGAUGAGCUAGCCAAAUUCUGUGGAGUUGAGGAUGCUGUGUCAGAAAUGACACGGCGAGCCAUGGGUGGGGCCGUGCCUUUCAAGGCUGCCCUCACAGAGCGCUUAGCUCUGAUCCAGCCCUCCAGGGAACAGGUACAAAGGCUCAUAGCAGAGCACCCCCCUCACCUGACUCCUGGCAUAAGGGAGCUAGUAAGUCGCCUGCAAGAGCGAAAUGUUCAGGUUUUCCUAAUAUCUGGUGGCUUUAGGAGCAUUGUGGAGCAUGUUGCUUCAAAGCUGAAUAUCCCAUCAACCAACGUAUUUGCCAAUAGACUGAAAUUCUACUUCAAUGGUGAAUAUGCAGGUUUCGAUGAGAUGCAGCCAACAGCCGAAUCUGGUGGGAAAGGAAAAGUUAUAAAACUUUUAAAGGAAAAAUUUCAUUUCAAGAAAAUAGUCAUGAUUGGAGACGGAGCCACAGACAUGGAAGCCUGUCCUCCUGCUGAUGUUUUCAUUGGAUUUGGAGGAAAUGUGAUCAGACAACAAGUAAAAGACAACGCUGAAUGGUACAUCACUGAUUUUGUAGAGCUUUUAGGAGAACUGGAAGAAUAAUACCAAUUUUUAGACAGUUUGUAACAAGUUCGGUUAAUUUUGAAAAGUUAUACAGUUUGAUACUGUUUGCUUCAAAUUGCCUAUGACAACUUAAUAUAUAGAGUUGGUGCUGAUUAUCUGUACUUCCAAGGAAAUAUGGAAAAUUGCUUUUUUUUUUAACUGCAGUCCUAGUAUUGUUAUGACCAUUAAUUAUGUGGAGAGUUUAAUAAUCUGAAUUCUUUAUGUAUUUUCCUAGCUAUAUUUUAUUUGAAGCCUUUUAAAGGCGGAUAGUAAAUUAAACAGCUUCACUGUUGGAAAUAUGGGUUAGGUAGCUUUAGGUGAAUAUUGGUUUUCCCUGUGGUAGGUAAAUAAAAGUUUAUCCAUGUAUUAGAACAUA